AUGGAUCUCUCUGCCAGCACUGUGCUUCUCCUGACUAUCUCCUGCUGCCUGGGGAAUACUGAAGCCCGAAGUUACAUUGAUAUAAUUGAUGCACUAUAUGGGGGUCCCUGGGGUAACUGGGGCCCAUAUGAGUUUUGCCAGGGAGGCUAUGCAAAUGGCUUCGCCCUGAAGAUAGAACUAGCCCAAGGGGCAGGUGACGAUACAGCUCUGAAUGGAAUCCGUUUGUACUGUGACCAAGGCAAUCCAAUUACGUCUACAGUUGGACUGUGGGGAAAAUGGACCGUCCCCCAGUUCUGCAAAUCAGGCCACCACCUGGUUUCUUUUUCUCUGAGAGUGGAACGCCGUCAAGGAAACGGUGAUGAUACGGCAGCUAACAACAUCCAGUUCGCCUGCAGUGAUGGUGAAGGCAUAAUGGGCUAUGGCCUGCAUUGGGGUGAUUUUGGCCCAUGGAGCGAUCGCUGCCCCUCGACUGGUAUAUGUGGGCUUCAAACAAGGGUGGAGGGAAAACAGGGCGGGGGUGAUGACACAGCACUCAAUAGUGUGCUUUUUUUCUGCUGUUAA